GCAGCGCAGCGCAGCUCAGCCGCCCCGGCGCGGCGCGGCGUUGGACGGGCGGGGGCGCGCGCGAUGGCGCUGCGGCGGCAGGAGCAGGCGCUGUCGGAGGAGAAAGGCGCCCUGGAGGCGGAGGAGCCGGGAGAGGAGGACGGGGGCGGCGGCGGCGGCGGCGGCGGCCGGGCAGCGGCGGCGCCCGACUUCACCCCGCCCGACGGCGGCUUCGGCUGGGUGGUGGUGCUGGCCGCCACCUGGUGCCACGGCUCCAUCUUCGGCAUCCACAACUCCUUCGGGAUGCUGUACGUGCUGCUGCAGGAUGAGAUCGGCGACGCCGGGAAGGACCCCACGCUGGAGUUCCGGACAGCCUUGGUUGGAUCCAUUGGCAUGGGGAUGGUUUUCUUUUGCUCUCCCAUCGUCAGCAUCUUCACUGACCGGAUCGGGUGCCGGACCACUGCCGCCGCAGGAGCCGCCAUAGCUUUCAUUGGCCUCUUGUCCAGUUCAUUCACCAAGUCCCUGGAGGUCCGCUACUUCACCUACGGGAUCCUCUUUGGAGGUGGCAGCUCCUUCGCCUUCCAUCCCUCCCUGGUGAUUCUGGGGCACUACUUCAAGCGGCGACUCGGUUUGGCCAAUGGACUGGUGACAACCGGAAGCUGCUGCUUCUCAGCGGGCCUCCCGUUCCUCCUGCAGGUGGUUGGACGGACCCUGGGGACUUCUCACACUUUCCAGAUGCUGAGCGCCUUUAUGCUGGUCCAGAUCUUCUUGUCCCUGACCUUCCGCCCCAUGUUCCCGUCCAUCUCGGGUCCUCAUGACAGGGAGGAGGUCAGACCAGACAACCGGAGCUGGACACAACAGUGUGUCUCACAGAUGCGGAAAUAUUUCAACUUGCGAGUCUUCAGGAGAAAGACUUACCGGGUUUGGGCGUUUGGAAUAGCCACUGCAAUCCUGGGAUACUUUGUUCCUUACAUGCAUCUGGUGAAGUUUGUGGAAGUGGAGUUCCAAGAAAAGGAAAGAGCAUGGAUUGUGCUGGUUUGCUUAGGAGCCAUGUCGGGAGUUGGGCGCCUGGCCUCAGGACCAAUUGGUGAUCUCAUCCCCGGACUGAAGAAGAUUUAUUUGCAGGUUGCCUCCUUCAUCAUCUUGGGUAUCAUGUGCAUGAUGUUGCUACAGUGCCAAGCAUUUUGGGGGGUGAUUGUCGUCUGCCUCUUCCUCGGACUUUGUGAUGGACUCUUCACCACCAUUAUGGCCCCCAUUGCCUUCGAGCUGGUCGGGCCCAUGGAGGCUUCUCAAGCCAUUGGAUAUCUCCUGGGACUCAUGGCCAUUCCAAUGUCAGCUGGCCCCCCAAUUGCAGGACUUCUCCGUGACCAUUUUGGGAAUUACCAGCUUGCCUUCUACUUUGCUGGAGUUCCUCCAAUAAUUGGAGGACUCAUUCUUGCAUUUGUUCCCUUCAUCCAUCAGUGUCAGCCCAAGAAGAAACGACUGGAUUCGGGGAAAGACAAGAUGUUGGUUUCAGAGAUGGUCCUGAAUGGAGAGCUCCUCCCAGGUUCUCCAACCACAGAGGCAUACAUCUAAAGCUACAUUGUAAACUCUGACCCUGGUUACCCACCCUGUCACCAGCAGCAUUUUCUGACCCCUGUCUGAGCCAAGAUCUUUUGAAAGAGGAACUUAGCCUCUUCAGUGAUAGCAGAAAAUCACCCUGUUGGUAAACUAAAGACAAUCCUGAU